AUGGACAAGCAGUUUACUAAAUUCCUGGAAGUAUUCAAGAAACUGCACAUCAACAUUCCAUCUGCGGAGGCCUUAGAGCAAAUGCCGAGCUAUGUCAAGUUCAUGAAGGACAACUUGUCCAAGAAAAGGAAGAUGGAGGACUUUGAAACUAUGGCAUUGACGGAAGAGUGUAGUGCUAUACUGCAAAAGAAGCUCCCUCCUAAACUGAGAGAUCCUGAGAGUUUCACAAUACCGUGCACUAUUGGGAGAAUUGAGGGAAUAAAUGCUCUUUGUGAUUUGGGGGCUAGUAUCAACCUGAUGCCAUUGUCAGUUUUCAAGAGAUUGCAACUUGGUGAAGCCAAGCCCACAACUGUAACUUUGCAACUAGCUGAUCGUUCGUUGGCACAUCCAAGAGGGGUAAUUGAAGAUGUCCUUGUCAAAGUAGACAAGUUUAUUUUUCCUGCCGAUUUCAUAGUUCUUGACAUGGAAGAUGAUAGCAAUGUUCCCAUUAUCCUUGGGAGACCCUUCUUGGCAACAGGCCAAGCACUCAUAGAUGUUCAGAAGGGUGAGUUGAAGUUGAGAGUGCAAGGAGAAGAAGUUGUAUUCAAUGUGCUCAAGGCCAUGACCUAUCCAGAAGCUAGUGACAAUUGCUUUUCGGUGGAUGUAAUGGGUAAUUUAGUGGAAGAGAGAAAACUGAUAAAUGAUCCUCUUGAGUUAAGUUUGGUUGAAGAUGAGGUUAGUGAUCAAGAUGGAAAGGAAGCUAUGGAGUACGCAAAAUGGCUUAAUUCUUAUGGGCCAUUAAGGAGGAAAUACUUUGAAGAGCUUGGGGCAGUACCAAAAAAGUCAUUGCCCUCAGUUGAGAAACCCCCAUAG